GCCGUGAGCUGAAUUUGGCGUUCUUCGUCGAGCGCUGCGGCUGGGAUGCUGCAUUCGACGUGGGUGCACCUCAGCUUUUCGCGGGAGGUCGUCGACUAACUGCAUCCCAGGUCUCGAAUGUCUACCAAGAGCUGUCGCCGCACUGCCGGCGUCAGGCGCGAAACCUGCUGCAACAGGAGGAGGCAGGCGGCCGGGGACAAGCGAGGGCUGGCAGAGAACCAGGUGGUGUCGACAGCAGCAGCACUGUCCUUGCCCAACGGAUUCAAGACACCGGGGUGUGGCAGGUUACUCUGUCGCUUAGCUAG